AAAAAUGGCAAGCAUUUUGAAGAGUCGCUUUUUGAAGCCGCAAACUCGUUACCAAUUUUUGGCCACAAUUAUUGUGAAUAUAAUAACUUUUGCUCAUGGCAUUGUGUUGGGAUGGCUUUCGCCGACCUUGACUAAAAUCCAAACACCGGACACCCCGCUUGACUUUGAAGUUAAUAUCGACGAAAUAUCCUGGCUGGGCUCCAUGCUGGGGCUAGGAAGUUUGUCUGGCAACUUGGUGAUUGUUUUCUUAUUGGAAAGAGCUGGUAGGAAAUUUUUCCUAUACCUGCUAGCUGUACCUUACGCUUGCCUUUGGAUUCUGAUUUACUGUGCCUCCAAUGUGUACUUCCUGUAUGCUGCUCGAUUUUUAGGUGGAUUUACUGGAGGUGUGUCCUACGUAGUAUUACCCAUAUUCAUCAGUGAAAUAGCCGAUACUAGCAUCCGAGGGGCUCUUACUUCAAUACUGAUGCUAUCGGUGAACCUUGGGAUAUUAGUUGGCUAUAUUGCUAGCUCCUACCUCGACUACCACGUUGUUCCCCUAGUGGUCUCCUUCCUGCCUAUUGUCUACUUUUUGGCAAAUUUAAUGCUGCCAGAAUCAGCUCCAUAUCUUUUAAAGACAAACAAGCUCACUGCAGCUGAAAAAUCCUUCAGGUACUACAAAAAUCAAAGAGGUGACAAGCAGAGUUCAAUGGAAACUUUUGAGGAAUUGAGACUAGCAGUUCUCUCCCAAAAGAUGAAUGGUACUUCGGGAAUCACAUUUAAGGACUUUGUUACAAAACCAGCUCUUAAAGGGUUCGCAGCCGCUUUUGUUCUUUGCACCGGAUUCGAGUUCAGUAAUGUCUUCAGCUUCAUGAACUAUAUGUCGGAUAUAUUCGCCAAGUCUGGAUCGAUUCUGGACGUUGACACCUGUACAAUUAUUAUGGGCGUUGUACAAGUUAUUGGAGUUUAUACGUCUACCAUAUUUGUGGAUAUCGUAGGCCGAAGGUUGCUGUUGCUGAUUUCCACUCUGGGAGUGGGAGUUGGUUGCAUUGCCUUUGGAUGCUUUACAUACUUUGGAGAACUCUACGAUCUUCACGACUUUAAUUGGCUUCCAUUCGUGCUGAUGAUUUUCAUUAUUUAUGUGGGUAACGUCGGUAUAAUGGGACUUUUUUUUCUGGUCGUUUGUGAAGUCCACCCAGCUAAGAUUCGAUCUGUCGCCACAUCCAUUUCAAUUGCUUUUAUGGGUAUCCUUGUCUUUGUUACGUUAAAGCUAUUUCCUUUAUUACUCCACUUUUGGGGCAUUUCCGCCACAAUGUGGUUCUCUGCCUUUUCUUGUUUGGUGACUUUUGUUUAUAUUUUAUUUUUGCUCCCAGAAACCAAAGGAAAAUCCAUGGUUGAAGAAUAA